GGAAGGCGCGUGGGUCUCCGCAGCCACGAUGGAGGCCGGGGUCGGUGCGGAGCGGAGCCCGGAGGAGGCGGGCGCGGAGCCGGAGUGGACGGACUCGGAGUCGGAGGAGGCGGCGGCGGCCGCGGGCCGGGGAGACUUCGCGGCGGGCUUCGCGUUCUCCGAGAAGGAAGCCACGGCGGGAGCGGGCAGCGGGGCCUGGGCGGAGGCUCUGGGGCAGCUCAAGCGCAAGCGCUGCGCCACCAGCUUGGAUGAGAAGAUCGCGGCAGUGAGGAGGCAGCGCAGAGCUCAGGAGAAGGCAACCCGAGAAGGCGCGGUCCCCCGGGGAAGUGAGGCCGAGGCCGGGGACAACGAGGAGGAGGAGGAGGAAGAGGCGCUGCAGUCGGAGCAUUCUUCGGCAGAUGAGAGCGUCUUUGCAAAAGCUGAUACUCUAAAGCUGAAGCAGCGAUGGAAACAGAAGCACGGUGAAAAGGAGGAAGCCACACAGUUCUUUCAGGAAGAUGCUUCGCAGUACGAUGAUAGUUUGUCCUUCCAAGACAUGAACCUCUCUCGACCCUUGCUGAAGGCCAUAACCGCCCUGGGCUUCAAGCAGCCUACCCCGAUCCAGAAGGCCUGCAUCCCUGUAGGACUGCUGGGGAAGGACCUGUGUGCCUGUGCAGCCACAGGAACAGGAAAGACCGCCGCCUUCAUCCUUCCCGUCCUGGAGCGCCUGAUCUACAAACCUCGGCAGGCCCCCGUCAGUCGGGUGUUGGUGCUGGUGCCAACCCGGGAGCUGGGCAUCCAGGUGCACUCGGUUACAAAGCAGCUGGCUCAGUUCAGCAACAUCACGGCAUGCCUGGCAGUGGGUGGCUUGGACCUCAAGACCCAGGAGUCAGCCCUGCGCUCCGGCCCUGACAUUGUCAUUGCCACUCCUGGCCGCCUCAUUGACCAUCUGCACAACUGUCCCUCCUUCCACCUGGGCAGCAUUGAGGUCCUCAUCCUGGAUGAAGCCGACCGGAUGUUGGAUGAGUAUUUUGAGGAGCAGAUGAAGGAGAUCAUCCGGAUGUGUGCUCGACAUCGCCAGACCAUGCUCUUUUCUGCAACCAUGACAGACGAGGUCAAGGAUUUGGCUUCGGUUUCUUUGAAAAACCCCGUCCGGAUCUUUGUGAACAGCAACACAGAGGUGGCCCCCUUUCUGCGCCAGGAGUUCAUCCGCAUCCGGCCGAGCCGUGAGGGGGACCGGGAAGCCAUCGUGGCAGCUCUGCUCACAAGGACGUUCCCAGACCACGUGAUGCUCUUCACCCAGACCAAGAAGCAGGCCCACCGCCUGCACAUCCUCCUGGGCCUGAUGGGUCUCCGUGUCGGGGAGCUGCACGGCAACCUUUCCCAGGCCCAGCGGUUGGAGGCUCUCCGGCAAUUCAAGGACGAGCAGAUUGACGUGCUGGUGGCCACCGACGUGGCCGCUCGGGGCCUCGAUAUCGUGGGCGUCAAAACAGUGAUCAACUUCACCAUGCCCAACACCACCAAGCACUACGUCCACCGGGUGGGGCGCACAGCUCGGGCGGGCCGCGUGGGCCGCUCCGUGUCCUUAGUGGGCGAGGAAGAGCGCAAGAUGCUGAAGGAGAUCGUCAAGGCUGCCAAGACCCCCGUGAAGGCCAGGAUCCUCCCCCAGGAUGUGAUUCUGCGCUUCCGGGAGAAGAUUGAGAAGCUGGAGCCAGAUGUGUACGCUGUGCUGCGCUUGGAGCGGGAAGAGCGGGAGCUGCAGUCCUCGGAGGCCCAGAUCAACACUGCCAAGCGGAAGUUGGACCCUGGUUCCCAGCAACCAGCCGGAUGCACUCCCCGCAGCUGGUUCCAGAGCCAGGAGGAGAGGAAGAAGGAGAAGCUGGCCAAGGCUCUCCAGGAGUUUGACCUGGCACUUCGAGGCAAGAAGAAGAGAACAAAGUUUGUGAGGGAUUCCCAGAAGAAGGCUCAGCCAACGCCAGAGGAACGUUCCCAGUUUGAGAUCUUGAAGGCCCAGAUGUAUGCCGAGCGGCUGGCCAAGAGGGACCGCCGGCCCAAGCGAGCCCGGGCCAUGCCGGAGGAAACGCCGCUGGUAGAGACGAAGGCUGGGCCCAAGCAGCAGCGCAAGAAGGUGACGUCGGUGUUUGAUGUGGAGCUCACCAGCACAAACAAGAAGGCCCUCAAGCAGUAUCGAGCGGGGCCUUCCUUUGAGGACCGCAGGCGUCUGGGCCUCCCGGAUAGAAGGAAAGGGGGAAAAUUUAAAACCAAGUCCAGGUACAGGCGGAAGUGAACGCACCUGUGAGCCGGGCUGCAGAGGCCUCUGCGCAGCGGCCCUUGUGGAAUUCGGGAUCCCUCCACAUUCGCUCCCCUUGCAGGAGCCUAGCAGUUGGAAAGGAGCCGUGCCCAGAAAAGCCACCUGGCUGCUUUAGGACUUGGCUGAAGACCUGGACCUGGUCAGAGGGGCCUCCCUCGGGCGUCUCUGAAGCUUCCUAGAAAGGAAGACCUUGAGACCAAAAAAACCAACUAUGUUGUUGACGCAAGGCCUGCCUAGCUAGGGAGCCCGAGAGGGUGGUGUGUGAUCUUUACCUAACAGCUAUUAAAGGAAGCUCUGACAUUGGCCU